GAGUCAAGAGGAGCCGGCAAUAAUAAUCAGUCCCCGCGUGAGGUUGGAGCAGAGUGUGUGCUGGAAUCUGAGAGGCAAAAAGAAGCGAUCAGGGACUCUGAGCCAGGAGAAAAUACCAGCCAGCCAGAGGGAGCAGAGAAUCUGACUGGUGCCAACAAACUGGACAAAGCAUUUCCUGACUCACAAAGCCUGACGGGUACAAGUGAUCCAACUUGUCCCAAAGAGGCAGCUGGUGCAAUGGUUUUAGCCACUGCCGAAGAUCUGCUAGAUACCAGGAACAGAGUAGACUCUCGAGGUUUGGCUAAUGCUUCUUUAGCUAAUGGGUUAGGUAUUGUUACAGAGCUUUCUGACUUGAGUCCAACACCAAGAAAGGGAUUACUACUUGAUGUUGCAGAGCCCACCACUACCAGAGAUCUGGUGAGCCCAGCAGAUCCAACUCUUGCUGCAUCUCCUGCUGAGCAACACUUGGUGACUGAAGAAUCAGACUGCCCUACAGACCUGAUGGGAAAUAAUACCUGUGAGCCUGAGAACCCUUCUGAGACCCCAAUUGAGCGAGAGAUCCGUGUACAUCUGGAAAGGGAAGAACUUCUACGAAGGGAGAGAGGCCUGGGCAGUUCUCGAGGUACCCAGGAAUAUGUGGAAGUGUGCAUCAAACCUAUCUUGAACCAAAGUAUGACAUCCUCCCUAAUGCCAAAGGAGAAGGAGCGUCAGUGGGCUGGUGUCCAGAUGCAGAGGGAGAUUCAACGGGAGUGUCGGCGUGAAGAGGACCUAGUGCAGCUGGGCAAAGUGAGAGGCACCUAUGACCGUGGUACACCCCAAGAGCUGCAGGAGAAGAAGAUGGUUUUUGAGCAACAUUCCCACCCUGAGACACCAGACUUCAAAAAGAUGGUACAUGGCAGCAGCAACAACAGCUGCACAGAAAAUGCAAGGGGACCAUCUUUUGCUGAGGCCAAUCGGACGUCCAAUAUGAUCAUCCUGGACUCUGGUCUUUUAGCAGAACCAAAGCAGCAUAUGCCAGGGACAGCCACCUUGGCUAAUUCCUUUGUCUGCUUGCGUGCCAAAAGCUCUCAGUCUCUGUUGGAGCAGGAGGUCCGGGAGGUCCAGGAAAGAGAACGGGAGCUGCAGAGGCAGAGGUUCACCCUGUAUGGCUCACCAUUGCCUUGUCAGCCAGCAGAAGACUCCAAUCAAGCCGAGGAAGUUCCCUCCCCACCAGAGAGACCUUCCUGCAAGAAACUGGAGGUCACUUGGCCCCCUCAAAGCACUUCAGAGAACAUUCAGGUGAAUGGCCUCCACCAGGUGGAGAGAAGUCCUCGACUCCUGCGUCGCCAGAGAAGUGCCUUAAUCCAGCGUUGGGAGUCUGGAGCUAUUGGCAAUGAGGAGAACCAGGAUUAGGGGCUGCUACAACCUGAAGAAGCAAUAAAUUGACCUCUUUUCAUAAGACACACCGGGGUUUCUCAAGGAGUGCCCCGCACAAGCAUAAGUGCCAUGUGCAAGCAUCUCUCUGGAGCCCAUCAUGCACUCCUUCUAUUCAGCCUUUUGAUUUGACAGAAAUGUUCCAAAGCCUGUCUGCAUUAUCAGUUUGAUCAUAAGCAGAAAGGAUGUUUGUGCUUGGUUGCAUUCUUCUGAAAUUUAAAUUGGAGCGAGAAGGAAAGACUAUGUUUAGACUAUGAGCUGUUCUGAGGGCUUAUAUAAGCAGAAAGAAGGGGUAUAAUUUUAGUAAUCAAUAAAUCAAAUUAAGCUCCAAAUCCAAAGCAUUAUGGCUAUUAGUUUUGUAUAUAUGUAGGGACACCUGGAUGGACACCAAUGUCUUCUUUAAAUCACUUUU